AUGGCCAGCCUCUUCGCCGGCCUGUUCCGCAAGGCGCCCCAAGUGCCAGAGUUCGCGCCCAAGUUCCCCUUCUCCCUCGCGACGAAUCCAUACCGCUGCAAGCGAACAUGGCCACCGGACUUCACGCAGCUCUCCCCGAAGCAUCAGUUCCGCCUCGAGCGACGAUAUAGGAGGAGGUCGAAGCUGAAGUGGGCGCGACCGAACUGGACCAAGGGCGUCAAGCUGGCACAGUGGGGCAGCAUCGUCUUCGUUCUCGCCUACGGAGUGCUGUUCAUGCAGAUCGACGACCGGAAGACACCAUUCGACAAGGUCAGUAGGGCACGCGAACAGACCGGAACGAUGAACUCCACGCGAGAGCAGACGUCAGACGACAACAGUCCCGUUGCAACGAAGCAGCCGUCAUGA